AUGCAAAGCUUAGCUAUUGGUAACCCAUUCCAGGUAAGUGGGCAAGUUAGCGAAUCGUACGGUACUAAAACGCACAAGACAAAAUAUUAUGGCGUGGGGCCAGCCAUUGAAUAUGCAGGUAAACCAUCAAACCAUAAAGCUGAGCAAAAGCACACUGUAUCCGCCGUGCACAAUGAGAAAAUGCAAGGUAAUCUGUGUAUGCAAAAACGGUGUAGAUCAAUUCAGCCACUAAAAGACUGA